GCUGAGAGGAGGGUGGGCUGCCAGGUUGCAGCAGGCUGGCUCACCCGGGUAGUCCCUGCCCUCCUUGCCACCAGGCUGCAAAGUCCUGUUUUGCCAGCGGGUGCUGACAGCCCUUUGGGACAGGCUUAGCUGUUUCGGAGGCAUCCUGGUACCAUGGCAUGCCCCUCUGUGCCAGGGAACACUGCUGGGGGAGCUGCUGCUGAUGCCCCAGCCCCUUUCCUUGCACAGUGUGGGGUGAGCCUGGGCAAGUUGCUGGGCCCAGCUUGGGGAGCAACUCUUCCACAGAGCUCAGGAGUGGAUUCCCGGGUCAAAGGCAGAGAGAUAGUGCAAGGGGUAGCACCAGGCUUGGAGAGCAGAGCCAGGGGCUCAGGCAGAGGCAGUUGUCCAGUUCCUCUCCUGAGGUUUUGGGGCAGAGAACAAUGAGCCCUGCUGCUGACACUUGCAAUCGUGUCAGGGCUGUGGCUAUGGUUUGUAAACGCCCCACCUCACCCGGACAGGGUGCAAGGACAGAGCCAGGCAUCCGGGUCACUCUGUGUGGGAGAUGCCACCUGGCCCUGCCUCAUCCCAGUCAGAGCACCCCCGUGCCUGUGUCACACCGGGGGUUCUCCAGAUGCCAGUCCAGGCCCAGACCAGUACAGCACAUGCCCAGCUCAGCCUCCCCUGUGCCCCCAGCUCCCUUCGCUGCCCUUUUGCCUCCCGGUGAUGUAGCAACCACUGCUCUGGUCCCCCAGGAAAAGGGAAGUGGUGUUGAAAGCAGAAGGUCAGUCACAGCAGUGAGUGCCUGGCUGCCCUCGCAGCCCCAUCAGCUGCCCUUCUCCACUGUCUCUCCUCCUCUCUGCAGUCACACUGCUCCCAGGAUCAGGGACUGCUCCUGCCUGCCAGGGUGCCCUUCCCCACUGCCCACCCCAUCUGGGCUUCUGCCUGCCCCGCUCAAGUUACUCCUGGCUCAGCGAUCCCAGGGGUUGGGUGAGCAGAGCUGUCGAGCUGCUCCUGCCCUGACAGGCCCUGGGGUUUGUUACUCAUGACCAUGCCCUGUGCUCAAGAUCACUCCUGCUUUGAGGAAAGGAGCUGUCAGUCCGGUUUGGGUUUGCUCGGCGCCUGUGGGGUUGGAGGGUGGGAGGGUUGCGCAUUUCCCCAGCUCCACAGCUGUCCCCCAGCCUGGGAUCCCAGGACAAGACCCCUCGGUUCCUGCUGCAGGAGCCCCCCACACACCAGGGCCACAGCAGAGAGGGCAGUUUCUCUGGGGCAUGACCAGGGCUUGCUGUCUGCUCGUGCUGGCUGGCUGAGCCUGUCAGGCUGGGUCAGGGUUGGGACCCAGGCCCUGCGCCCCAGGAGCGGGGGCCGUGGGGGCACCCCCACGCUCGCACCGCCGCGCUUCUCCGGGUGCACCUUCCCGCAUGCAGCGCUCGUUGCUACGCGACCGCCAGCUCCUGAUGCUUAAUGCUCUAAUACGGAGGGAUAAAACCACUCUAAAAAUACCCCGCUGCCGGCCCCCCGCGGGGGCAAGGGGACUGCCGGGGGGCAAGCAGCCUGGGCAGGGGGGCUGCUGGGGAGUUCCUAAACUCCUCGUCCUCUGAGUGGCUUUGAGCCGCCCGCUGGGGCUCCGGCAGUGGCACGGACUGGUGUGCCGGUGCGGCGAGGAUUGGCUGGGGCUGGCGCGUGGGCUUCUGCGGCUGGAGCUCCCCUACCAGAGCCAGCUCCAGCCAGAACCGCGAGUGCUCCGGCUCCCCUGCUUGCACCCUGCCCCACAGUACUGAGGAGCUGCCCCAGGUACUGGGUACCUGCUUAGUACGGGGGAGCCCACUGCUCAGCCACGUGCACCUGCCUGGCCUCUGUCUGCUCCUGCCUGACCUCUGCCUGUCCCUGCCUUGCCUUCCUGGAGCUGGUGGCAUCCUGCAUGGGACCCCCGCAGCAUGGGGACAGUCAGCGAGCUCUGCGCCUCCAGUUUCCAGGCAUUCCUCUGCCCCUCGGUGGCUGCCAAGGCAGUGCCCAGUGACCUGACCCCAGAGGAGUGCCAGGAGCUGGAGAACAUCCGCCGCCGAAAGCAGGAGCUGCUGGCUGACAUACAGCGCCUGAAGGAUGAGAUAGCAGAAGUGACGAAUGAGAUUGAGAACCUGGGCUCCACGGAGGAGAGGAAAAACAUGCAGAGGAACAAGCAGGUGGCCAUGGGCAGGAAGAAGUUCAACAUGGAUCCCAAGAAGGGAAUCCAGUUCCUGAUCGAGAACGACCUGCUGAAGAACACAUGCGAGGACAUCGCUCAGUUCCUGUACAAGGGAGAGGGCCUCAACAAGACAGCCAUUGGCGACUACCUGGGCGAGAGGGAUGAGUUCAACAUCCAAGUCCUGCAUGCCUUCGUGGAGCUGCAUGAAUUCACUGACCUCAACCUUGUGCAGGCCCUCAGGCAGUUCCUGUGGAGCUUCCGGCUGCCGGGGGAGGCGCAGAAGAUUGACCGGAUGAUGGAGGCCUUUGCCCAGCGGUACUGCCAGUGCAACCCUGGUGUCUUCCAGUCCACAGACACCUGCUACGUGCUGUCCUUUGCCAUCAUCAUGCUGAACACGAGCCUGCACAAUCCCAACGUGAAGGACAAGCCCACGGCAGAGCGAUUCAUCGCCAUGAACCGCGGCAUCAAUGAUGGAGGGGACCUGCCUGAGGAGCUGCUCCAGAAUCUGUACGAGAGCAUCAAGAAUGAGCCCUUCAAAAUCCCUGAGGAUGAUGGCAACGACCUCACCCACACCUUCUUCAACCCCGACCGGGAGGGCUGGCUCCUGAAGCUCGGAGGAGGCAGGGUGAAGACGUGGAAGCGGCGCUGGUUCAUCCUGACCGACAACUGCCUUUACUACUUCGAGUACACAACGGAUAAGGAGCCCCGUGGUAUCAUCCCCCUGGAGAACCUGAGCAUCCGUGAGGUGGAGGACUCAAAGAAGCCCAACUGCUUUGAGCUCUACAUCCCUGACAACAAGGACCAGGUGAUCAAGGCCUGCAAGACGGAGGCAGAUGGGCGUGUGGUGGAGGGGAACCACACCGUGUAUCGCAUCUCUGCCCCCACGCCUGAGGAGAAGGAGGAGUGGAUCAAGUGCAUCAAGGCAGCCAUCAGCCGGGACCCCUUCUACGAGAUGCUGGCUGCCAGGAAGAAGAAGGUCUCCUCCACCAAGAGGCACUAGCAGCCAGAGUGGCCCUGCAAGGCCAGCGUGCCCCUGUAGCGGACCAAGUGUCCCCCCAUCAUGGGGGCCUGUGGGGCAGGGGCCACGCUGCAGGCUGGCCCUCGAGGCCCAGGGCCCAGCUUCAGCUUCGCCAUUUCUUUACUGUGGGGGGAGGGAAGGGGCACAGGCAUCUCAGUGUUUCUGGCCCCCCAUCACUGCCGCAUUGCUGGACAGCAUCUUCACAGGCUCAAGCUGGAACACAGCACCCCUGUGCCCCCCUGGGAGCCCUGGCCUCAGCACUAUGGGCACCCUCCCUGCCUCUGACCCCCAGGAAGCCUGUGGCCACAUGGCACUGGGUCCCCCCAGCACCCAUGUUCAGACGCUCUUGGGAUGUCCUGUCAGGAGGGGGAGCAGCUCUUGGUGAGCAGCUGGCAGUUUUGGGGUGCCACAGGUGCUGGGGUGCAGAGUGCCAGCCCCAGGGAUGCCCUGCAGAGAUACGGCUCCCAGCCCUCGUUGUAGCGGGCCUGGGUCUGUCCCACGCUGCUGCCUUGGACCCUCCCAGCCGCCCCCUGCACUGGAAUGGUCCCCACAGACACAGGAGGCACGAAGGGUAGGGACUGUCACCGCUGUGUUGAGCAGUGGUGCCACACAGGGCAGAGAUGUGCCCUCACCCAGCCGUGGGGGUUGUGGCUUGGAUGUGGGGGCACUGGGUGGCAUUGCCCCAGCGCAUCCUUGUGUCACAGCCCUCGUGCCAAGGUAGCAUGGUGCCAGGGUGGGGCACGCCCAGAGCUGGAGCCUGCCCUUGGCAUGGCUGCUGGUGGGGAUCUGGCUGGGUGGGGGCUGUGGCCCCCACCUCUCUGCCUCACAAUCGCCUGUGUCUUGUCCUGUCCCCAUCGCCACGCACGGUCUGGAGGCGUCUGGAUCAGUAUUAGUCUAUUUAUCAGAGGUGUAAAUACUCCUGUAUAGUUUUCUCCUUGUAGAUUAUUUUGUAUGUGGGUGGUUCAGUGCAGAGGCCUCACAGGAGUGGGGCGGGGGGGCAGGAUUUUUUAUUCUAACCUUUUUUUUUUUUUUUUUUUUAAUUUGCCAUGGCCUUGUAAACUAGUGCUGAAGAUCAGCAGCAAAUAAACACUUCCACCGC